UGAAGUGGUAGAAGGAAACCAGUUAGUUAAGUGAGCUCAUUAUGGCGGAAGAGAGUUCCAUUCCACGGAGUGAUGACCAGUGGUAUUUUUACUCGGGGAAAUUUAAGCUUUUCUGAUUUGACGAAGGCUAUAAAAAUAUGAUAAAGGAGAGAAAGGAGAUUCAUUUGUUUGUCAAACUCGGCCGAUGCCCUUCGCAGGAAAAACAGAUACAUUAGCAAGGAAAUGUUCAGAAUAGUGGACAAACCACGGAGAGUCGUUAAUUCCUGUUCAAAGUCCCGACUACGCGGUGCGGAGCGUCGCGCUUGAAUUUUCCUUUUUUUUGUCGGUCCUUCCUGGAUUAUUGGAAUAUAAUACGGUUUACUCGGAAGGGAGUCUCCCCAACAUGCGGAACAAAGGGGAAAACUGCCACAUGGCUUUCUCACCACAGGAAUCACCAAUUUAUGGUGGCAGCCAGAUUGGGGUUGUAUUCUCCGAGACCAGUGACCUUCUUAGCGAAGAUGCGGAGAUCUUCUUGGUAUUUGAGGGCAGCAAGUCAAGGCACGUCACCGUGGCACGCAGGCUGGAUUAUAACUCCUUCAAGGCUAUCAUUCCAGGACAUGACUGUUUUGAGACGGUCCGUCUCUCCUGCUACACCUCCCAAGACGGAGCGGUGGACCUCCUGGCAGAGGGCGCCCUAUCUUACAUCGAGAACUCCACGUACUACCUGGCCCACUUCCUGGCCUCCAGCGUCUACGACCCGAUGGCCCUGGCCAACCCCUCGUCCAUCAAGUCAGAACGCUUUGACCUGUGGCAGGAGGACAUGUCCACGCUGGACGAGCGGUUGACGGCGGCUUUUGAGCACCUGGACCUGUCGGCCGGUUGGCGGUUGGUCGAAGACAACUCCAGAUUGGACCAAGAUCCACCACCCCAAGAAACCCUCCUUCACUUUGCCGCCCGCUUCAAUCUGCCGCAGUUUGCCGAGUAUCUAUUGGAUAAGCCCGGCAGUGAUGUGGCGUUGAGGUUACCCAAUCAGCACGGAGAACUGGCCGUGGCCCUCGCCCGGUCACACGGGUUAGACGACUUAGCCGAUCGUAUGAACGAGCACUGCUUCGGUGGCAGUUUGCAUCACCUUGCAGAACUCGGCAGGGUGCAGAGCAAAUCUGUGACAGUCAAACGGCACAGUAACAGCACAGCAACCAUUACCUCCAACACAUCAGAGGCUUCUCGGACGUUAGAGGGUGAUAUUCAAAUGCUGAGGGAUCUAGUCAGCUUCAUGGGUGAAGAAGCCGACAGUCCCCCAACCAGGUCCACGGGUGACCCGCCUAGUCCAGACUACUUCACAGUGGGCAGCCUACCGGCACGGUUACCCUCAGAAAUGCUGUCACCUACAGCACCCUCACAGCAGUCCAGCCAACAGUACUUCUCAGCAGCUGAUGAUGACUUGGAGGACAGGGGAGAUGACGAUGAUGAUGACGAAGAUGACGAAGAUGACGAAGAAGAAGAGACUGGAAGAGAAGAUGACAUUCCUGAGGAACCAGUACUAGAAGAGAGCAUAGCGCAUCUCCACUCGCUAAACACCAAAGUUCAGAAGCUGCGGGCCAGCAACAAGGAGUUUCUCACAACAGAGGAUGCAAGAAGAGAGUCCUUGUCGAGAUUUAGUUCAUCUUGCCCAGUACUCGCCGACCAGAACGAAAAAAUACAUAUUCCAAGAAUUGUGUUGACUCCGCCUCCAUAUAUGCACAUGUUAGACAUUCCAAUGAGGGAGGAAGCGGCCGCUGGUACCCGCUACCUCCAAAGCGACGAGGAGGCUGAGCAAGAGGAAGAAGUGGAGGAACCAGACGAGGAAGCCCAGGCCCGAUCCCUACCCCGGGCCCAUGACGACAGCCCUCCAGUGGCCCACGAGGCGGCCUCUCUGAUGAACGAAUUUUCAGAAAACGCCUCGGCUCCAGUUUUCGAGGAGGUCCCAUCAGCAGGGGAAGGGUCCGCCACACAGUCUGUCAGGAUCCACGUGAAUGACGUCAGUGUGAGCAGCGACCCUGGCAGGUCGGAGGACGUCACCUCGGGUCAAGUGUCGCCGUCAAGGUUAAAUGGAAGCAGUUCUCCAGAUGAUUCGUCGGAGGACCUACUGGACAUAGAGGACCCUCAGAGGGUGCGUCGGCACAGCUGGGGACCUACCGAUGAGGUCAUCAUUAGCCCCUCCGAGGAAUCCCAAGAAUCUGAUGGGUUACCCCUGAGUUUGGCCUUAAGAAGUAAAAGCAUGGGUCAUCUGGACGUGAACAGCGAGGAGGAAUUCCACGAUGCCAAAGAAAUUCUGACUCCAAAGUCAUCGAAACAAUCGGUGGAACUCUCACCAGGUCAAGGUCCGAGUGCCACGUCAUCGCCCAUCGACUCGAGGGUCCCCGAGCCAUGGACGGAGUCUCCAGACAUCACCGAGGACGACAAGCUAGAUCUGAGCUCCAGCGAGGUGAACGUUGCCGAUAUCUUGCCACCGGAUAAUGCCCCCCAGGCCCCGACCCAGGCCGAGAUCGAUGCCGUCCCCCGCAGAAAGAAGAAAGAGGAGAACCCGCAACUAGCUCGUAACCGGCUAGCCAAUUCUAUGUUUGUCACCCCAAGGACGGAGGAUAGCUCGGGAGACCCGGCAAGCGAGGAAUUACCCCUCACGCCGGAAGAACCAGAACCGCCCAAUUCGCCCCAAAGUGCACCGCCGAUAGUCAUGCUCACCCUUACUUCACCCAGGUCUCGCCACCCUUUCCAAACAGCUGAGGAGUCGGACAGCGACGGCUCUGAAAACAGUCGUGAUUCAGAUUUGGAUGAUGGACAGCUGCAGCUGACCACUGCCAAGCGGAAGGCCCGCCUCUCACUGACGGAGUUCCUGAGUGACCCGAGGAACUUCCAGGAGGAUACAGUACAGAAGGUGGAACAGCAGCAACAGCAACAGCAGCAACAGCAACAGCAGCAACAGCAGCAGCAGCAACAGCCACUGCAGCAGCAGCAGCAGGAUCCAGUUCAGCCAAGCAGGGUGUUGGCGUUAUCAAGUAAUGAGAUGGAGACGAAUAAAAUGAGUAGACGAUUCAGCUUCCUUAAGAAAACCAAAAAUAAGAGAGAAAAAGAAGAGAAAGAAAAGCGAGAGAAAGACAAGGAGAAAGGCAAGCACCAAUUCGUCGGGGUGUCCUUCUCCAAUGCCACCAAGUGCGAUUACUGCGACAAGUCGUUGUCCAACAAAGACUCGCUACAGUGCACAGUGUGUCUUGUGAAUGUUCACAACAGUUCCUGCAAGGAUCACGUCCAGGGUUGUGCAAAGCUCACUAGGCAUCCAAAGCAGGUUUCCAAGCCUGCCGGCGGUAUAUCUCGCGAUCGCCUCUCCACCGUCAUUCCAAAGACUGGCACCAAUCGUGAGUUUGGUAACACUGGUACCGUUGUACAUUCUCAGUCCCUGAGGGACCCCACAAAAACCAGACCUGCAUCAUCAGGGCAUUUUCCAAAUAAACAGUUAUCAUUCCAGGGGAGUCUAACUGACUUGAGGCUGCAGGGUUUACCUUCAUCAAUUUUAGGAGGGACAAUUGAGGAAGGCGAAGAAAUUGAGGAUGCCUCAGAUGGCACGCCUAAAGCUGCUAGCCUUAGCAACAACAACAUCUCCAUGUCCAUGGAAUCCUUGGACGAAGUCUCGACCCCCUUCGAAAUCAACGACGACGACGAAGAUCUCGUUUCCAGGGGAACGGAGCCUGAAUCCUGGAGUGUUACAGCCGAGAAAAAGGUUUUGAAGAAGAUGAGUCACAAGGAAAUCAAAAGACAGGAUGUUAUAUUUGAACUCAUCAAAACAGAAAAGCACCAUUUAAGAACACUGAAGAUUAUGCAAAAGAUCUUCAGCUACGGGAUGCAGAACGAGCUGAAGAUGGACCAGUCCAUCAUCAAUAAAGUCUUCCCCUCCCUGGAGGAGCUGGUCAAGAUUACCGUCCAGUUCAAUGAGGCCCUGCAGGCCAAGCAGCGGCCUGGUCACCCGGUGGAGACGAUAGGUGAUGUCUUGGUCAAUCAGUUUGACAAAGAGAAUGGGAAGAGAAUGACAGAUGCCUACGCCUUUCUUUGUAGCCGGCAAAUUGACGCUGUGGCACUAUAUAAGGAGUUGUAUAAAACUGAUAGAAAGUUUCAGGCCUUCAUUAAGAAAUGCAGUACCAAUGCCCUAUGCAGAAGAUGGUCCAUCCCCGAGUGCAUACUAAGUGUUACCAACCGACUGACGAAGUACCCUCUACUUAUAGGAGGCAUUCUCAAGCCAUCCAAAGGUGCCAAAGUUGACAGAAGUGAAUAUCCAAAUCUUCAGAGAGCAAUGCAGCUUGUGAAAAACGUCUGCCAGGGCGUCAACGUACAGGUCAAGGAGUAUGAGCGCCACCAGAGACUGAUGGAGAUCUAUAACAAGCUGGAGGCACGGUCCACGGGCCUCCUCAACAGCGGCAAGAAAUUCAAGAAAUCGGACCUACUGUCCAGCAAUCGUAAGCUGAGGCACGAGGGGGAGCUGAAGUGGAAGUCAGCCCGUGGCAGACUGACAGAGAUCAACGCCGUGGUGCUAAGUGAUGUCAUCAUCUUCCUGCAAGAGAACAACCAGAAGUACACAUUUGUGUCCCAAGACAACAAGCCUCCUGUAAUCAACCUGUACAAGCUGAUGGUGCGCGACGUGGCCGUGGACAAGUGCAGCAUGUACCUAAUCAGCCAAAACAAAGCCCCCGAGAUGUACGAGGUCAACUGUGACACGGCCAACAAGAGGAAAAAGUGGAAGGAGGUACUGGAGCAAGCUAUCCAUGAGUGCCCCGAUGAAGAUGAAGGUGUAGGAGAAGAAGAAGCAGAAGAAGAGAAGAGAUUAGCCGAAGCGAGAGCCGCCAAGAUCAAGAAACUCCUGGAACAAAUGCAAGAGAAGGAUAAUCAACUGAAUGAGAUCAUGGAGGAGAAAGCAAAGCUGGUAGAGGAGCUUAAAGACACACUCACCAAAGAUGAUGCCUUGGGAACGUUGAAGUCACCAGUGAUUGCUGACAGCGACUCCCAGAUGCAGGAGGCCAAAGAGAUCCUGUUGGCAGCCAUCGCUGAAGCACAUCGUCUAACGACGGCAGUCUACAGCGCCGGGGUGGGGCUGACCCGUAGCGCUAGCAGCGCCGGUGAACGGGAGAGUGGACUAUUCCAAGCUCACGCCCUGCCCAAACGAGCCGAAACCUUCGGUGGCUUUGACAAGCAACAAGCAGGUGCAGUGCUGAAGAAGCGUUUUGUUGGCAGCACUAUGGAGACAGACAGCCGGAGUUACAGCUUCCCAGACCUGGCUAAGGCCGAGGGCAAGAGCACGGAUGAGGCUGACCACCACCCCCAGCAAGGCUCAGACCCCAACCUGCUGUCUGAUAGCUAUCAGGAGAGGAUACCCAGGAAGGAGCCAGGGUGUCAGGACAGGUUAUCCGACAGUUCCAGCCAUCUGACCGUGGACAGCUGCAGCUCCAUAAUCGAGGACGUACCGGAGGGCGCGCUGAUAGACGACAAGAACGCUGUCACGCCGGACCACGUAGUUAGCGUCAAUCACCUCCUCAAACAUCUCAACUCCCUCUUGUCGAUAACGUCAAAGAAAGAAACGGCUUAUGAAAGCAUGAGAUCGCAGUUGUUAGAAGCAAACAAGAAGAUCGAGUCACUCAGCGGACUGGGUCCCAAGCCCCGCGCUAAAGCCCACUCCAUGGGCACGCAAGGCCUGGCCUCGCUUCCAAAACGAGGGGAGAAGAACAGAAGCAGUAGCACGACUACAGACAGAGGCCUAGACUCCAAGGAAAGUAUUAAAGGAAGGACAUCGGACAGUAAGGAUAAGAGCAAACGGGAGUCGUUAGUGGAAGGGAAACCCUACGAGCCGCCGUUUAGCAACGUGAAAGCCUCGGAUCAAAGCCUUCGCAGGAUAGCCUUCGGUGAAAUCUCCUAUAACGAGAACAGCGCCCAUGCUGGCCAUGCGGCACAGGCCGAGAGCCCCAAAUCCAUCAUGAAACACCGGGGGGAUUCAGCGCCACCGUCAGCAUCCCCGGCAGCGUCGCCCUCAACAUCCUCGCAGCCAAUGCCUGAGAAGACUGUCGGUGCCAGGAGGCGGGAUCCCGUCCCGGAGCACCUCUUGAGCGCCACCAACGAGCUGCAAGGAUCCAGCGGGCUGGUCCAUCAGCAGCUCCCUAUGAAACUCUCCAGCCUGGCGUCCACGCACCCCUCCUCAACGUCCGGCAGCAAACCCCAGCAGAUGAUCCCGACCAAAUUAUCCUCCCUCUCCAUGAGGAGCUCCUCCCCUUCCACCGCCACGCGGAACGGCAACCGGAUGUCCGCGGGGUCGGCCAAAUCCUACCAGGGCUCCAGCAAAAUGAACAAUAAGCGAGGCCAAGGGGCCGAGCAGGAUGUCAUAUUCUUCUGAAUGCAAGGAGGUUGACCAUUCCAAAUGCUUCGUCCGCUCCUGGUUGGUUGACUGACAAGCGAAACGACAGUACAAGCAAUAAUCUCACA